AUGCACCCCCAGGCCCUGCGAUCGGCCGGCGGCCGCAUAAGGCCAGAUGUCGUUGCCGUCAAAUCAUACAUCCGCACCUUUUCCACCACACAAUUGCGCCUCGCCGAGUCCGACUCCUCGAACAACUCCAACGGCAAUGGUGCCCCGACGAGAGCACCACUCUCCGGCCGCGAACGAUCCCGCAACGCCGCGAGCGAAAUCAGCCAGAUUCUGAGCAGCGGAUCGACCAGAGGGGUGUCCAAGCCUGACAACACAACUGCAGCCCAGCCCGCGCGCGUCAUCGACGUCAAGACACUGCCGAAGCGCGGCCUCGGCGGUGGCCUGGGCAGCAGCUCAAGCGGUUCCACCUUCGUCAAGCUCCCCGCCAGCUUCCGCGGCCGUGGCGCCGGUCUUGGUGCCAGGGGCAGUGGCCGUGGCGGCUUCGGCGAAGGCAGAGGCGGUGGAUUCCAGCGCGGCCGCGGCGGCUUCGGUCGUGGUGGAGGACGGGGCGGCAUGAUGAGAGGCCGCGGCGGCCGUGGAGGUCGUGGAGGACGUGGCGGCCGUGGCGGUCGCCGCAGCCGCAAUGCGGACGGCGAGGAGGAUCGAAGGGAGCGGAAGCCGAACGAAGCAGAGGAAUGGCACCGCCCGACGACGGAGGAGGAGCACCUGUACUACCGCAAGCGCGACAUCGGGCUGCCGGAGCGCUUCGAGCCCCGCUUGACCGCGGAGAGCCUGCUCGCCUUCACACCGGCGCUGGCGACGGGCGCACCGGCGGACCAGGCGGUGCAGGUGCUGGACGCGCUGAGGGAGGUCGGCGGCGGGGCGAAGCCUGCGCCGGGCGUGUGGGCGCUGCCGAGGCACGUGGCGACGGAGCUUGCGUUCCGCGGCGACGGGGCGCACUUCUUUGACGAUGUGGAGGACAAGAGGGCGUUUGUGGAGGCGAUCAAGAACACGCCGCAGGAGAAGAUGACGACGAACAUGAGGGUCGUCAAGAGGUCCCCCGAGCAGCUGGAGGCCGGCGCGGAGAAGGCCGUGAGGGAGUACAUCAUGGACAAGGUCGUCAAGGGUCAGCAUGUGAGGCCCGAGUUUGUGGAGCUGGGGGCGAAGCAGCCGCUGGAGGUCGCGCGGGCGAAGCACCUGCAUAACUCGAGCUACCACGCGAUUGAGAGCGGCAAGUUUGACGAGAAGCUUGCGCAGCUUGUCAACCGGGCCAAGGGUGCCGCUAAGCCUGCUGCUGCUGCGGGUGCCAAGGCAUGA